AGUCUCCGUGGCUUGCGACAUGCAUUGAGGUGGGCCCACAGAGGCUUGGGACACAUCGAGAGCUAUGUUAUUUGACUCGUCACGGGCCGCUUCAGCCUUUCUUUGAGGACACACACCCGCCUCUCAGCAGUGACUUUCGAACCGCGUUCCUGUCGUUUUAGGCCCUCUGAGAGUAUGUCUGGCCACGCCGUCACGAAAGCGACAGUGCCGUUAACAGGCGUUUUACUUAACCCUGCGCUGCUCUGUGCUGAAGGCAGGCUCCCCUGCUCGGUUCCUGGGGUGCAGCGGGUGGGGACCAGGCUCUGAGGCACGUUUCGUGGCCCGCGCUCCCCUCGCAGGCUCCACGCACGCACGCGCGCACGCACGCGGCAAGCAGGGGCUUUGCACUUUGUCCCGGUGAGGACCCCGUCCAGCUCCUGGGGCGGCUCAGCCGGCCUGAGAAAAGUUAGCUUCUUUAGGUGUGGCGUUCGUUUGGGACUGGGCGACCACCCCGGUCAGAGGCAGCCCGCCUGCCUGCGAUAGCUUGCUCUCCUUCUGGCACUUCACAAUGAACUCACCCGACACCUGACAUAAACAUCAUAUCUUUUUCAAGCUCUCAUGCGUGAAGCAUAGUGCCUCAUUAGUCCAAGGACCUUGUUGACCAGAAGUCGUUUCUUACCAGCAGUCUAUCACAUCCCUUUGACCUGGUUUUCUUUCUCACGAAGUGGAAACAUCUCUUUCAAGUUAUUUUUGUUAUAAAUUUAAGCAAAUGGCUGACCAUGGCUUGGAUGAAAUACCUUCACAGUGCCCCCACUGUGCAUCUUCUCAGGCUGAUCUCCUUUGUGUGUGUUCAACAGUCAACUCUCCAGUUUUGGUGGUAGAAAUGUCACAGACAUCGAGUAUUGGUAGUACAGACAAUUUUACUACACAAGAGAGAAAAAAAGAAAGAAAUACCAGCAGAGAACCUUCUGUGAAAGAUUUGACCACAAGAACUUCAAACCUGGAGAGGAAAAGCUCUCAGCCACAGUGGAGUCGGAGCAACGUCACAGAAGGGAAAGUGCUGCACGUCAGAAUGGACAAUGGAGCAGAUAUCGAGGAAUUCUAUACCUUCGGAAGAAUAUUGGGACAGGGGAGCUUUGGAAUGGUCAGUGAAGUUACAGACAAGGAAACAGGAGCUAAGUGGGCAAUUAAGAAAGUGAAUAAAGAAAAGGCUGGAAGCUCCGCCGUGAAGUUACUUGAGCGGGAGGUGAACAUCCUAAAGAGUGUCAACCAUAAACACAUCAUCCAUCUGGAACAAGUGUUUGAGACGCCUAAGAAAAUGUACCUUGUGAUGGAACUUUGUGAGGAUGGAGAACUCAAAGAAGUCCUGGAUAAAAAAGGGUACUUCUCAGAGAAUGAGACCAGGUUGAUAAUUCAACGUCUUGCAUCAGCCAUUGCCUAUCUUCAUGACAACGAUAUAGUGCACAGAGAUCUAAAGCUGGAAAACAUAAUGGUUAAAAGCAGCUUCAUGGAUGAUAACAAUGAGAUGAACUUAAACAUAAAGGUGACUGACUUCGGCUUGGCAGUUAGGAAGCAUGGCUCCAGGAGUGAAAGCAUGAUGCAGACCACGUGUGGCACUCCUAUCUAUAUGGCCCCAGAGGUUAUCAAUGCCCAUGAGUACAGCCAGCAGUGCGACAUUUGGAGCAUAGGUGUCAUAAUGUACCUUUUACUGUGUGGAGAGCCACCCUUUUUGGCAAGCUCGGAAGAAAAGCUCUUUGAAUUAAUAAAAAAGGGAGAGCUACGAUUUGAACAUCCAAUCUGGGAUUCCAUAAGUGAUUCUGCAAAAAAUGUUUUGAAACAACUUAUGAAAGUAGAUCCUGCUCACAGAAUCACAGCUAAGGAACUUCUAGAUAACCAAUGGUUGACAGGCAAUACAUUUUCUUCAGUGAGACCAACAAAUGUAUUAGAAAUGAUGAAAGAAUGGAAAAAUAACCCAGAAAGUGAUGAGGACACCAAGACAGACGAGAAGCCUAAGCAUCCUGUGACAGGAAAGUUGAAAAGUAGCCAUACGAGGGAAAAGGUCCUUGAUGUCAAUGACAGUCCGUCUGCAAAGACAACAAAACAGCCCACCACUGCUGUCAAGAAGUCAGAUGUAGAUGGCGUUGACAUGAGCAGUUCAUAUUCAACAUCCAGCAAAUUCCUUUCUGCUGAGCCCGAGCAAAGCUCCAGGACUACGAACCAGGCUAAGAGCUCCAUGAAACCCUCUUCCUUGACGCGAGGCAAGAAAAAGCUCUAAGGUUCUGUCCAGUGCUGUGCAGUGCAAGAACAGACCACUCCUCCAGCACCUGAAGGGAGGGGACAGGAGGGGGACAGCAUGGCAGAGAGAGCCCUGCAUGGGUUACACCAGUUUAAAAUUGAAGCUAGUUACCAAAGCAGCAUAGCUUGCAUGGGGCACUAAAGGACAGUGUGGGCAUGCUUGGGGCAGGCUACAGCUCUCGCCAGCUCCAGGUGUUCCAGGGUUAAGGGACAAGUGCUCUCAGUGCAAGCCUGGGGCCAUACUUGCUCAGUUCUACUCAAAUUCUUAUAUUUAGGCACAAUUAUUUAUAAGGGAAAACAAGAGGCCAAAUCCAGUGAUGGAGGUUCUAAAUGAUUGUGUGCACUUAGCGCUAGGAGACUUCGUUAGAUGAUUACUAAUAAAAUGGCCACAGGCAUUGUGGCAGAAGCGACGCA